CUUUUAGUUUUAGGGAACCACCACAACAAGCCCACAACCACUCUCCUAUUCCAACGGUAACUUUUCACUCUCUUCUUCCUUCUCUUCCCUUUCCCCUUCCCAUCUCCUUCUCUCUUUCCACACCAUUAAAUUAGAGAAGAAAUCCCCAUCUUCAAUUCACAACCACAACAAAAGAAACAUUCGACCUUUUCACCUCAAACACAACUCAGAAGAAGAAGAAGAAGAAGAAGAAGAAGAAGAAGAAGAAGAUCCCAAAUGAAUUUGCAAUCUUGGGAAGAUGAUGAAGAGGAGAGAUUGAUCAAAGUGGUGGAGUAUUUGGAGCCAUUGAUGUCCAAAGAGCUUCUCUGCAAAUUCCCAGAUAACUCCGCCUUUGAUUUCGAUUACUCUCAGAGUACCAUCUGGUCUCCUUUGGUCCCUCGGCCUUACAAUUCCAUGGAUUUGGAUGUAAUUACCCCCAUUAAGCUUCCUUCUGAUUUCACGAGGAUGGCUGAGAAGAAUAGCUUUAAGAAAGCUACCUCCAACCUUAAGAAGAAGCUUCUAUCUAAUCGCUUCGGUAUUGGUUUCGGGAUUUCGAAAAGCUACAGGAAGAUGAAGAACAACAAAUUGGUGUCUGAUUUCUCCCCUUCGCCUAUACGAGGCGGUGCUUGCUAUCCAAAUAACAAAAAGGGAUGGAGCAAGUUACUGAGAGCAGCCACCAAGCAUUUCAAGAAGAAGAAGAAGAAGGAUCCCACUUCUCAUAUGAAACUCUAUUUCUAAAACAGUGAUUCAUAGAGUCAUAUAAUCUACAGUGUCUUUUUUUUUCUUUUUUUCUUUUUUUAAAAUUCAUUUCCACUGUUAUGCAAGAACAGAAUAUAUGUAAUUAGCUUUAUUCUCUCUAUGAAUCAAUUCCAAUUCUUAUUUUC